AUGGUUGGAAUAACACAGGUUGAGGAAAUAUUAGCCUCUGAGCGAGAAGAUAUUAGCCUUAUUCGUGAGCCAUUACGAACUACUCGUCUUUGCUUGUUAUUCUGUGCGAAAUCUGUCGUUCAUUAUGUUUCUACACAUCUGCGACCAUCAACUCUUCGAAUUCUUCUACCAGUCCUUUUUUUGACAACUGCCAUAUCGCUCUUAUGGGUCGAUUCCCCGGCUGGACACGCAUUCACAGCACUGGAUAGUGAUGGUGAUGGUCUAGUAUCACCCAACGAUUUUGAGAGGUACUACACUGAGGUUCUACACCAUAAUCCGGGUACUGGCAGAGCAGCCAAGGCUGCGUUUCCUCCUAAUGUUUCUCGCCUCAAUAAGGCUCAGUUUCUUUUAUGGUGGGAAAAAGGAAAAGGUGAUUCACUACGACGGGAUGCAUUCUUUAGCCAAGGUGUAUGGCGAGAAGUGGAAUAUCUUAUUGCAGAUGCCAUCUGGUGGCUUGUACUAGGUAUUCUUUCUUCUGUUGGAUUGGGAACAGGAAUGCAUUCAGGAUUACUUUUUCUAUUUCCUCAUAUAUAUCUUUCUUGUGCUGCUGCAGAUUCUUGCAAAAAUUCGAAUUACUGGACUUAUCCAGUUAACCUUUUCUAUGGUCCACGUGAUCGCACAUUUCUCUGCAUUGCACCAACUACCACAACCUCUGUAUCUAUUAUUGCUCGUUUGCUAAAGGUAAUUCCCGCUUGCGUUUUGUGGGGUGCUGGAACUGCAAUAGGAGAAAUACCGCCGUAUGCUUUGAGUUAUGCCGCUGCUAGACAGGGGAAACGACAUGGAGAAUUAGAGGAAGCUUCAAAGUAUGACGUUUUAAAUCAUAUGAAAGUUUGGACACUGGACAAAAUUAAGCGUUAUGGUUUUUGGGCUAUUCUUCUUCUUGCUGCUUGGCCUAACAUGGCGUUUGAUCUCUGUGGUAUGGCAUGUGGACAGUUCCUUAUGCCUUUUUGGACUUUCUUUGGUGCUACCUUUAUUGGUAAAGCUUUAAUUAAAGUUAAUAUGCAGGCAGUAUUUUUCGUCUAUUUGUUCUCUGGAAACAAUGUAGAACGAAUCAUUAGACGUGUUGGAAAUGCAGUAGCACAUGUGAUUCCUCUUCCAUCGUUUAUAGCACCACAAGGUGCAAAAGGAUUAAUUGAGAAAUUUGUUAACGCCAUCGUAAAUGCGCGUGAAGGUAUUGCAGCCAGAGCACAUGGUAGUGCUCAGCAGAAAAUGGAGGAAGAUGGGGGUUCUAUUAUUAUGCUAAUCAUGCACUGGUUUGUGGUGGCCGCUGUUGCUUGGUUUGCCAAAUCCAUUGUUGAGUCUUUUGCUCAAAAUGAACAAGAAGAGAGAGAUAAACAUACUGUGGAACGUGUGAAGAAAAUGGUUUCGCAUCGUCGUACAAAAGAAGCGGUGAAGGAGGAUGAAUUACGGAGUCUUAUUGAACUAGCGAGAGCUGGUGAAAUGGAGACGUCAAACUCAUCAUUUGAAUCAGCAGCUAUGAUGACGUUUUCGGUAACUGCCCUUGUUGGACUUGCUAUAUCUUCAUAUACACUGUUUGUGCUCGCUCUCUCAUUCUUCCUGCAUACACUUUUUUGUAUGCAAUGCACAAAUAAGUCGCUUAACUGUUGGACUCUUUGGGGUGUACGUAUGGCACUCGCAUCUGGAGCUUUAUAUGCUUUGCACACUCAGAAGAGUGGGUAA